GCGGACCCGGGGGGGACCGGCCGGCAACCCCCAGGCCCGAAAUCUCUGCCUCCGAGGAGUCGGCCGGCCCGGCGUCAUCGCACCCUACGAGGGGGGACUGAGAAAGGGAUACGAUGUGGAGAGGGGUCUGGACCCGACGCCUGGUGCUAGCGCUGAUACGCCCUCCCCAGGGUCACGGGGCGGUGGCCCCGGAGCCAGCCAGCGUUGCUCCUAUCUUCCAAAACCUCACCUCACCACAUUUGUCCUCGGUUCUUAUCAGCCCUUUAGGCCUGGGAACACGUUUCAGCUUUCUAUUUCGCGUAGAAGAGACCGAGGUCUAGGCAGAGGAGGCCACCAGCACCCUAAAGGCACCUGCUGCCAAGAAAUGGAAGAAUUUUCACCCUAGGGGGCACCUCUAGAAGCCCGGGAACUAAGCAUCUCCUGGAUGUGCAGGCCAAAAAGACAGAUGCACCCCAGAGCUGGCCCUCCUGCCUCUGUCAUGGCCUCAUCAGUUUCCUGGGGUUCUUGCUGCUGUUGGUCACCUUCCCCAUUUCCGGCUGGUUUGCCCUAAAGAUCGUGCCCACCUAUGAGCGGAUGAUCGUGUUUCGCCUGGGCCGGAUCCGUACCCCCCAGGGACCUGGCAUGGUUCUGCUCUUGCCCUUCAUUGACUCCUUUCAGAGGGUGGAUCUGAGGACACGAGCCUUCAACGUCCCUCCCUGCAAGCUGGCCUCUAAGGACGGGGCUGUGCUGUCCGUGGGAGCCGACGUCCAGUUUCGCAUCUGGGACCCGGUGCUGUCGGUGAUGACUGUGAAAGACCUGAACACAGCCACACGCAUGACGGCCCAGAACGCCAUGACCAAGGCCCUGCUCAAGAGGCCGCUGCGGGAGAUCCAGAUGGAGAAGCUCAAGAUCAGCGACCAGCUUCUGCUGGAGAUCAACGAUGUGACCAGGGCUUGGGGGCUGGAGGUAGACCGAGUGGAGCUGGCAGUGGAGGCCGUGCUCCAGCCGCCCCAGGACAGCCCAACUGGGCCCAACCUGGACAGCACCCUCCAGCAGCUGGCCCUGCACUUCCUGGGAGGAAGCAUGAACUCAGUGGCAGGAGGUGCCCCGUCCCCGGGGCCAGCAGACACUGUGGAGAUGGUGAGUGAAGUUGAGCCACCUGCCCCUCAAGUCGGUGCCAGGCCCAGUCCGAAGCAGCCUCUGGCGGAGGGGCUGCUGACUGCUCUACAGCCCUUCCUGUCUGAGGCCCUGGUCAACCAAGUCGGGGCCUGCUACCAGUUCAAUGUUGUCCUGCCCAGCGGCACCCAGAGCGCCUACUUCCUGGACCUCACUACAGGACAAGGAAGAGUGGGACACGGGGUGCCUGAUGGCAUCCCUGAUGUGGUGGUAGAGAUGGCCGAGGCAGACCUGCGGGCCCUGCUGUGCAGAGAGCUACGGCCCCUGGGGGCCUACAUGAGCGGACGGCUGAAGGUGAAGGGCGACCUGGCCGUGGCCAUGAAGCUGGAGGCUGUCCUCAGGGCCCUGAAGUAGCAGCCUUGGUUGACUUUCCAUAGCCCAGUCCCAAGCCUGGCACCAAGCCCGAGGGUCCUCUUGGAGGAGGAAGUGUUCAUCUGUACCACCGAGAGUUGAGGCCCUAACAAGUUUCAGGCCCAGCCAAGAGCCCAUGGAUGGAGGCUGGGGGAGACUGAGUCUGGCUGCCAUGUACUUCUCCCCUACAGUGGUUCUCUGGACAAGCUUUUGUCCAUCCUGGUCCCCAGCUGAGUGCCCAGCCCUGAGCUGGGUACACGGUGUGAUGCCAGGAGGUAAGCCAGGCCCGCCCUGCCAGGCCCUACCUUGCUGGCUUCCUGACUGAAGAGGCAGGACCCACAGAAACAGCCUGACAGCAGCUGGUUUGGACCUUGUGUGAGGGACCAAGCAUGUGGUCCAGGCUCUAAGCUCUGCAGUGAUUGGAGAGGGAUGGGGAGGGAUGGGAAGGCAGCCUCCAAGAAGAGGUCCCUGUGGCGAAGUUACCUGGGGAUCCUGGCUGGCCUGCCUUCCUGGCUGCAGUCCAGGCCCAGGCUAGCGGGAGUGGACAUGGGAAGGAGCAGGGCCUGCUGCUCCCCUGGCACUGCUCCCAAAGAUAUCGGACUCAUCUGCCAGCUCCGUCCUGCAUGCCUGGCGAGCUGGGGCCCAGGGCAGCAUGAAGUAGAGCCCUGCGUUCUGUGCUUCUUACCAGAGGUUUGUAAACCUCAGACAAAUAAAUGUGGUGUUUACAAUGUA